AUGUUGAGAUCAACUUCAAGAACUAUACGCUUAGCAAAGAAUGUUAUUAAACCAACAAUAAUCAGAUCAUCAAGAUUGAAUCAAUUUAGAUCAGUUGCUCAAUUAGCUCAUUUUAAAACUCCACCUAAUUUAACAAAUGAACCAGUUAAAAAUUUCUCAUUUAAUGAUACUAAAGAUUGGGAUUUAUUAAGAGCAUCAAUUACCAAAUUUACCGAUUCUGAUCAACCAUUACAAAUUCCAUUAGUUAUCAACGGUGAAAAAAUAUAUAAAGAUAAAACUUUAAAUCAAGUAAAUCCUGCUAAGCAUUCACAAGUUUUAGCUGAAGUUUCACAAGCUAGUCCAAAGGAAAUUCAAUUAGCAAUUGAUUCAACAAAGAAGGCUAAAAAAGAAUGGGCUCAAACUUCAUGGGUUGAUAGAGCAGCAAUUUUUCUAAAAGCUGCUGAUUUAAUUUCAACUAAAUAUAGAUAUGAUAUGUUGGCUGCUACUAUGUUAGGUCAAGGUAAAAAUGUUUAUCAAGCCGAAAUUGAUUGUGUUGCUGAAUUGGCUGAUUUUUUCAGAUAUAAUGUUAAAUAUGCCGAAGAAAUGUAUGGGGUUCAACCAAUUUCUACAGCACCAGGUGUAUGGAAUAGAGUUGAAUAUAGACCUUUGGAAGGUUUUGUUUAUGCUGUAUCUCCUUUUAACUUUACUGCUAUUGCUGGUAAUUUAGUUGGUGCACCAGCAUUAUUAGGUAAUACUGUUGUUUGGAAACCAUCAGCUACUGCAGCAUUAUCAAAUUACUUAUUAUUAACUAUAUUAGAAGAAGCUGGUUUACCAAAGGGUGUUAUAAACUUUAUUCCAGGUGAUCCAGUUGAAGUUACUGAUAUUGUUGUUAAUGAUCCAGAAUUUAGUGCAUUACAUUUUACUGGUUCUACUGAUGUUUUCAGACAGUUAUAUUCCAAAAUUAAUACAAAUGUUGCAAAUGGUAGAUAUAAAGAUUUUCCAAGAAUUGUUGGUGAAACUGGUGGUAAAAACUUCCAUUUGAUACAUUCAUCGUCUUCAUUAAAUCAUGCAGUUUUAAGUACUUUAAGAGGGGCUUUUGAAUAUCAAGGUCAAAAAUGUUCAGCAACUUCAAGAUUAUAUGUUCCAGAAAGUUUGUGGCCUGAAUUUUCAGAAAAUUUAAAUAAUCAAAUGUCACAAAUCACAAUUGGUAACUGUACUGAAAAUUUACAUGCAUUUAUGGGACCAGUUAUUCAUGAAGCUUCAUUCAAUAAAGUUAAAGAUGCUAUUGAAGAAGCCAAAGCUGAUCCUCAAUUAGAAGUUAUUGCAGGUGGUGAAUUUGAUAAAUCAACUGGAUAUUUUAUACAACCAACUUUAGUUAGAACUGAUGACCCAAAUCAUGAUUUUAUGAAACGAGAAUUCUUUGGUCCUUUGUUAACUGCUUAUGUUUAUCCUGAUGCUGAAUAUGAAUCUAUUAUGGAUUCUAUUGAUUCUGUUACAAAAUAUGGUUUAACUGGUUCAGUUUUCGCAAGAGAUAGAAAAGCUAUUCAACUUGCAACUGAUAAAUUAAGAUAUGCCGCAGGAAAUUACUAUAUCUGCGAUAAAUCGACAGGAGCUACUGUUGGCGCUCAGCCUUUUGGUGGUAGUAGAACAUCAGGUACUAACGAUAAAGCUGGUUUUGGUAGUCUUUUAUCUCGUUUUGUAUCAAUGAGAAGUAUUAAAGAGAAUUUUUAUGAAAUCGCGGACUUCAAAUACCCAAGCAACAUAUCUUAA